AUUGUAUUGACCGAUAUAAAACGUUGCAACUAUAAUUGACAAUGAUACCCAACACAACCCUUAUCGAAUUAUCCAUAUCAGUUUGGCUAUUUGGAGGGACCUCCACAUGACACCACACCAUAGCUAAUUCACGUUUCAACCAAAAAUGUUAUUGAGUAUAAAUACUAUUGUAUCUAUAUUCCUUUCUCGACGUUCUCGUCCUCUUUUAACGAGUUCGCAUCUCUGCCCAACUGCCUGUCGACUUCGCAUCUCUACCCCACUGCCUGUCGCCCCACAAAAACCCCAUACAAACGUACGACCUCCACAUAUGCAGUCGCACGCGGUAGGGUGUUCGUGCGGAGCUAAUGGGCCGGCUGUUAGAGCAUCCCGUUAGCUCCAAAACGUUCCCGCGUGCUAACUCCACGGUUUCCUUCCGUUGCCGAUCUUUCGUGUAACGAGAAAGCUUCUCUGAAGAAGUGUCACUUUCUUAAUGAAUGGACACCAUGGCCGAUUACAGUUCUCUCUCGUUGGAAAGAAACCGUGGCACAUGAAAAAGCGCAUUAGUCGUCCCUUCCUCAUCCCAUUUUCCAAUUUCUUUCUUUCUUCACCUCCAGCAGCAAGCACCCUCCGGUGUUAUCUCCUCUUUAUCCCUACUUCGUCCUCACAUUGUUCCUUUUAUUGCCGACGUCAUCAUCUUCUCCGGCCACGGUCACCGGACGCAGCUCCACCCAUUGACUCGAUGCUACGUUCACUCAGGGGAUGACGAAGCCAACGGUCAGGAUGCUAAUAGGUUACUAAAUCAUUGACCGUGUAUGGCUGUAUCGGUUUUUUACCUGUAAUACAACCAUCAACGAUCACUCACUCACUUCCCUCCAUUUUUAGAUUUACCCAUGUCUUCAGCAAUCCCAGCUUCCUAUUCUCCUCCCAUAACCAACCUCCCAAGGAAACCAACCCCGAACACAAACGUCUCUCUCUUAGUCCUCUGUAAGAACCUGCAAGAAGCCAAGCAAAUCCAUGCUCUCAUGAUCAAAUCCUCUCAAAUCUCUGAUACCUACUCGGUUAGCCGACUGGCCGAGUUCUAUGCCCUUUCCGAUCAUGGAAGCCUCAAAUACGCCGAGAAGGUCCUCAAUUCCGUCGAAGAACCAUACCCUUUCAUCUGGAACGCUGUCAUUAGAGGAAACCUCAUCAAACAAAAUCCCCUCAAAGCCAUUCUUCUCUACGAUCAGAUGUUGCGCCGGUCUGUUGAACCCGAUCACUUCACCUUUACGUUUCUCCUCAAGGCUUGCACCCAAUUGCCAGCGCCCGCUACUGGGAAACAGCUCCAUUCUCAUGUUGUCAAGUACGGGCUCGAGAAUGACUCAUUUAUUCGAAAUAAGCUGAUUCAUCUCUAUGCAAUCUCCGGGUCAAUUUCAGAUGCUCGCAAGAUUUUCGAUACAAGUACGGAGUUAGACAUUGUUACCUGGAACAGCAUGCUCGAAGGGUAUGCAGAUAACAGAGAUGGUGAGUCGCUUCACCAACUCUUCGAUAGAAUGCCUUCUCGAGAUUUAGUGUCAUGGAAUACGAUGAUUGCUUUUCAUGUUCAAAUGGGUGAGUUCAGGCAGGCAAUCGAGGUCUUCCGGAGAAUGCAAGAAAAGGGUGUCCAACCGAACCCAGUGACACUUGUUAGUGUUUUAUCUGCAGUUGCCUGUCUGGGUACACUUGCUCAAGGAAGGUGGAUUCAUGCCUACAUAGACAAGCAUGGAGUUGAGCUUGAUGAGAACCUCGGGUCAUCACUUAUUAACAUGUAUGCCAAGUGUGGGUGCUUAGAAGGUGCAAUUCAAGCAUUCCAGAAAACAAGUAAUAAAAGUGUUGAUACAUGGAAUGCAAUGAUCUCUGGAUUGGCUGCAAAUGGACAAAGCCUGAAAGCACUUGAACUCUUCUCGAAGAUGGAGUCAUCGGGAAUUCGGCCAAAUGCAAUAACCUUUUCCUGUGUUUUGAAUUCUUGUAGCCACGGAGGGUUAGUUGAAUAUGGUGUUGAUUAUUUCAGACAGAUGAGUGAGGUUUAUGGGAUUGAACCUGUUAUUGCACAUUAUGGGUGCAUGGUUGAUCUUUUUUGCCGUGCGGGACUGUUCAAUAGGAUAGAGGAGACCAUCAGAACCAUGCCAAUGAAACCUGAUGCAGUUAUGUGGAAGGCUUUAUUGGGUGCUUGUAGAAUCCACAGGAAUCUUGAAAUGGGGGAGCAAGCAGGGCUUAAACUUAUUGAACUGGCUCCUGAUGAUCAUGCGAGCUAUGUUCUGUUGUCAAAUAUAUAUGCUAUGGCUGAUAAAUGGGACAAAGUUCAUGAAGUGAGAAAAAUGAUGUGGAAAAGAGGAAUAAUGAAGCCACCUGGCAGCAGCUCAAUUGAAUUGGAUGGAGUUGUGUACGAGUUUGUUGUUGGAGAUACAGCUCAUUCUCGAAAGAAAGAGAUCUAUAAGAUGCUAGGUGAAAUGGGAGAAAGAUUAAAAAAUGCAGGUUAUGAACCAGACGCAAAACAAUGUUUGCUGGAUAUUGACGAGGAAGAGGUGAAACAGACUUCACUAGGGCACCACAGUGAAAAAUUGGCAAUUGCAUUUGGAUUCAUCAACACGAGACCUGGAACAACAAUACGCGUGGUGAAAAACCUACGCGUCUGUGGCGAUUGCCAUUCUGCAAUUAAGCUUCUCUCUAAGAUUUACAACCGUGAAAUUAUUGUUAGGGAUUCAAAUAGAUUUCACUAUUUUAAAAAUGGAUCCUGUUCUUGUAUGGAUUAUUGGUAACUACUUCUCUGGGGAUCAG